GAUGCAUUCCUGUACACCCUAGCCAUUCUGCAGGUGUACCAGACUGACCUGCCACUGUAUAGGCCUUGCCAACCAAACCAGAUGUAAAUCUACAAAGCUUGGAAGGAAAGGCCUCUUCAGCGCUAGACAUCACUCCAUAAACUGCUCAUGCAACAUCACAAUCAUCUAAUAACUGGACAUGGCUGGGUUAUGGACACAAAUAAAAUAAGGGUUUUAUUUUGUAAAGGUGUUCAUCUAACAACUCAUAUAAACUUUGUGAUCUCACUAACUCUGAGUUUCUGUAUGAGACACCUAGUGGACAUUUCAAUAUAUGAGUUUACAGACUUAUAGACAUGCCUGGUUUGCACACGUUUCUCAAACACAAAACCGGGAAACUCAGUUAAAAGAAACUGAAACUAAUGCUGUUGAGCUAUUGUUUGUGUGUCUGCAUUCCUGUAGACGCAGUGAAAUGGCUGAAGCCAGUGUUUUUUCAGUGGAGCACUUCAUCUGUCCACUGUGCCUGGAUCUCCUGAAUGAUCCAGUGACCAUUCCCUGUGGACACAGUUACUGUAUGAGCUGCAUUACAGACUGCUGGGAUCGAGAGGAUCAGAAGAGAGUCUACAGCUGUCCUCAGUGCAGAAAGACCUUCAGUCCAAGACCUGCUUUAGGUAAAAACACCAUGCUGGCUGAAGUGGUGGAGAAACUAAAGAAUAUCGAACUAAAAGCUGCUGUUCCUGCUGGAUCUGGAGACGUGGAGUGUGACAUCUGUACUGGAAGAAAACACAAAGCUGUCAAGUCCUGUCUGGUGUGUCUGGAGUCUUACUGUCAAACUCAUUUUGAGCGUCAUGAGGAGUUUCGCUCAGGAAAGAGACACAAAGUGACUGAUGCCACUGGACGACUGCAGCAGAUGAUCUGCCAUCAACAUGAUAAACUUCUGGAGGUUUUCUGUCGCACUGACCAGCAAUGUGUUUGCAUGUUGUGUGCAAUGGAUGAACAUAAAAACCAUGAGACUGUAUCAACUGCAGCAGAGAGAGCAGAAAAAGAGAAACACUUGAAGAAGAUGCAGAGUAAACUGCAGCAGAGAAUCCAGCAGAGCCAGAAAGAUCUUGAGCAGCUGAGAGAGGUUGUGGAGUCUCACAAGCGCUCUGCACAGACAGCAGUGGAGGACAGUGAGAGGAUCUUUACUGAGCUCAUCCGCUCCAUUGAGAGAAGCCGCUCUGAGGUGACACAGCGGAUCAGAGAUCAGGAAAAGGCUGCAGUGAGUCGAGCUGAAGAACAAAUGGAGCGACUGGAGCAGGAGAUUGAUGAUCUGAAGAGGAGAAACACUGAGCUGGAGCAGCUUUCACACACAGACGAUCACAUCCAGUUUUUGCAGAGUCUUCAGUCUUUCUCAGCUCCUCCUGAAUCUACAGAAAACAUCAGUGUCAGUUUUCUCUUUUCUUUUGAUGCUGUGAGAGAAUCUGUCAGUCAGCUGAGACACAAACUGGAGGAUUUCUGCAAAGAGGAGAUGAAAAAGAUAUCUGUCACUCACAGUAACAUUGUUCCCAGGACCAGAGAGGACUUCCUACAAUAUUCAUAUCAGUUCACUUUGGAUCCAGACACAGUGAAUAAACACCUCUGUCUGUCUGAAGAGAACAGAGUGGUGACUUACACUGACAUACAACAGCCGUAUCCUGAUCAUCCAGACAGAUUUGAUUUUGACCAUCAGGUGUUGUGUAGAGAGAGUGUGUGUGGACGCUGUUACUGGGAGGUUGAGUGGAGUGGGAGUGAAGGUGUGGAUAUAUCGGUGUCAUAUAAGAGCAUCAGCAGGAAGGGAUCUGGUGAUGAGUGUGUGUUUGGAUUUAAUAAUCGGUCCUGGAGAUUGUCCUGCUCUCCCUCCAGUUUCUCAUUCUGGCACAAUAACAAAGAGACCAAAAUCCUUGUUCCCUCCAGCUGCAGUAGAAUAGGAGUGUAUGUGGAUCACAGAGCAGGAACUCUGUCCUUCUACAGCGUCUCUGACACAAUGAACCUCAUCCACACAGUCCAGACCACAUUCACUCAGCCGCUCUAUCCUGGGUUUAAUGUUUAUUGUCAUGAGUCAUCAGCAAAAUUAUUAUAACUAUGUAAAUUCUAGAGAGAUUGUACAUAUUAUAUGCCAAUUCUGAGCUGUAUGAUAAAUCAGAAUACUUAUAUUUCUGUCAUGACAACUCUCGGAGGGAUUGGCUUAAUGUACAUGACAACAUUAUGUAUUUGAUCUUGGCGGAUUAGAUCUGCUAUGCUGGUGCUUCUGCAGCAGAGCAAGCACUGAGACUUGCUACUGUCAAUACAUCCACAACAUGCUGCUGUAAUCAUGUAAGAAAUAUUGCUGCUGAUAUGAAAUGAAAUAACCCCCACGCCGACCAGCAUAACACUAGUGGCCUGUGGCUAUGGCUGUGCUCGAAAUGGCAUACUUGCUUACUGCACACUACACAGUGCAUACUGCCUACUAUUUUUUGAAGAAUAGUAUGUGAAACACUAUAUAAUAAGCAAUAAGUUUUUCAGAGUAGCAUACUUGUCACAUGACAAACACUGAACAUUCAUUCAGCACAGCUGUCAAAGUUGUACCUUACAAACAAAUGUGCUAACAGUACUUUUUACAAAGGCCUGUUAAUAAGGCUUCAUACUAGUAAACAGUGCUAUAUUUCCCAAUUGAACUCCUUUCAUAAUUGAUGAACUUUACAUAUUGGACAGAACUAAAUCGACACUGAGCUGUCUUUAACUGAACAAUGAUAUUUUUAGGAGUUACAUUAAAGUGGAACAAGUGAUAUAUUCUAGUUACACUAAGUGCAAAUAAUGAUAAACUUUGUUUACGCCAAAAUAGCAGCAUUUUCUUUAGCAAUAGGCGUGUAAAUAGUAGUUACAUGGAAGAUAUUUAUAUUCCAGUACUGUAGUACAUUAUAAAACAGUAUGCAAUAAUAUACUAUGUGUAAAUCAUAUAUUUAAUUAGAUGAAACAACACAAAACAAACACAUCAGCUUUCAGCAGCAUCACUGCAGACAAUUCACACCAAUCAAACCAAACCAAAACCACUCAAAAAAAAAAAAAAAAAAAAAAAACGACUAGAAAAAAUACAUACUGAAAGUUUUGUAAAGUUACCUUACUAUGAAAUCAAAAAAUAAACUUGAUCUGAGAACUAAUGUAUCUCAUCCUUUUCAGGUGCCACUGUAACAAUAUAAUCCAUGUAUUCACUUCACCUGUUAGUGGUUUUAAUGUUGUGGCUGUGCAUAUUUUUUGUGUAUAUACUGUGUAUAUGCAAAAAUUAUAGUAUAAAUGUGAAAUUAAAGGAGAAUAAAUACAAAACUGCUAAAUUCUACAACAGACAGACUGCUUACCCCCAAGAUCUCUACAUAUUCAUAAAUCAGAGCUUCAAGAAAAGCAGUUUCUUUGUAGCGCUCCAAAUCUCUGCAGACAUAAGAUAGAAAGAUAGAUAGAUAUAUUCAAUGAACAAAUAAAUAACAUUUAUUGUUACAUUUAACAUGCAAAAAAGGCUGUAUUUAAAAGAAAACACACAUAUUUUGUAAAUAAGUUUAUAUGCUAAUUUAAACCUGAAUGAGUGGUACACUGUCCCAAAAGGAGAUAGGCUUACAUCCUUGGUCCCUUGGCUUUUGGGUUUUUGGCAAACAGUGAGGGGUCCAGUGAUUCUAGAGAUUUGCCUUUAGUGCUGAACAGACACUCUGCCCUGUCUUCUAGUGUGCUACAAAGAAAACACACAAAAAUCACACGUCUGGACAUUACAAACAGACUCAAGAAUCAGGUACUGCCAUUUCUUUUUUUCUUUUUUUCUGUUUUAUUAGUUAGGGAUAAAUUCAAUAAACAUAGAUGAAACUGAAACAGAUGAAUCUGAAACAGUCACACCAUGCAUGUAUCAAAGUGCUUGUAGCUGAAGCUAAUUUGCAACACUUGUCCCUAGGAGGGCUUUUAUAAAUUGUAGUUACAAAAAGAAGCAGUCUACAAAUAUAAGUACACUAAAUGACUACAAGU